GGUUAAUUUGUCUGCGAUGUUGAAUGGUGGUAGCACACUUGAGACUGGUACAGGUGUGAUAUUACCUGAGAGACAAGUGCCUUGAUGUGGAGUGCAUCCUGAAGCAUUGUGAUUGAUUUCUCAUCAGAUCCUCCCCGAUUCGGUGGCAUCCGGGAUGGAUCAGCAACAAGAAUAUAACUCCUACAAGCACCUGUUGGAGUCCAAGAACUUCACAGCGUUUCUCGGAUACCCCUACAACUUCACAGGGGCGGAGGACAUACUUCAUGACUUUGAGCACAGCUACUACACUCGUAUGACAUACAGAACAGUGAUUCUGCUGUCACUGUAUGCCCCUAUCUUUCUCGUCGGACUCGUGGGGAACAUCCUGAUCAUCUGCACUGUAGCAAGUGACAAGAAUGUGAGGAAGGCCAAGAACUACUACUUGUUAAAUCUAGCAGCAGCCGACCUUAUGGUGACGCUAUUCUGUAUGCCGAUGGCGAUAACGACUAUCAUAUACAGAUUAUGGAUAUACGGGGAAUUUCUGUGUAAAGCUAUAGUGUUCGUGCAAGGUAUUGCAGUGGCCAACAGUAUCUUCACGCUGACUGCGAUGAGCAUCGAUCGUUACAUCUCGAUUCAGCAUCCUGUAACAGCACAUCGGGUGACAUCGCCGGGACAGGCACUUAUCAUCAUUUUGGUUAUUUGGAUCGUAUCAGGCAUUUUCAUGGGACCACUUUUAUAUAUAAGAAAAAUUGACACAUUGGAAAUGCCACAAUUAACUGUGAUGCAAUUCUGCAUCGAGGACUGGCCGCAGGAUUAUGAUCGUCAGGCAUUUGGUGUAUUUCUUCUGUUCAUGAUUUAUAUCAUCCCAGGGGGCACUCUGGCCAUCUGUUAUGCGCAUGUCGGUAAGACUCUUUGCAGCGAUGAUAUGUGCAGGGAAAGCUCCGACAGCAGCACAAAGAGACUGUUCUCCAGAAAGCGUGCCGCUCGUAUGCUCAUCAUACUUGUGGUGAUAUUCAUGAUCUGCUGGCUUCCAUACAACAUAACGUCACUCAGUGUUGACAUCGCAGAAGAAAGUGAACCGGUCCGAUUACUUCCCUUUGCUCUUUGGCUCGGACAUGCGCACAGUGCAGUGAAUCCGGUGAUGUAUUGGCUGCUGAACAGGCGAUUUAGGGACAAGGUGCGCAGUAUGAUGAAGUACAUCAGAAGAAGCAACAUGUUUCUCAGUUCUCCUACACCAGAUUACGUGUAAUGAGGAAUGAAGUUCUUAACAAGAGACGCUGGGCUAAAUGCAUGUGUGCAUGGCAUGGUACUUACAGUAACGUUUUCCUCCAGUCUCAAGGGUUCAAAUAGGUUUUUUUUAUAAUACGUUCUGACAUAUGAGGAGAAUCGAUCAAAUCACAAUUGAUUAAUCUCAUUUCUUUGACUUGCCAUACUCUGUUGGCCACUGUCUAACGGUAUUCAGACAGUUCUUCCUUGACAAAAUGAGUAAUCAUUGCUAAAUCGGGGUAUUGUUAUUAAACCAAAUACCAAUGUAAUUAUGUAGUCGCACAGGGCGAAUUUGUUCGUCACUUUUUUAACACUCAACUAUGUUAAUUUGUGUGCAAUUGUGCUGCUUUUAAGGCGGUUGUCUUUCAUGAGGUUUCAGUUGCACGUUCCGUUGGUGCAUUAAGCAGUUUUAUCAUCACCGUAAGUAGUGCAAGCUUGCCCAAAACAGUUUGACCAUCGCUCUAAGUUGUGCUACUGUACUUAAGCAGUCUGACCAUCGUAGUAAGUAGUCCAAGCUUCUAUUAAGCGGUCUGACAUCGCUGUCAGUUGUGCUCCUUUGCAUUAAGCGGUCUGACCAUCGCUGUUAGUAGUGUUUAUUUGCAUAAUGACAUUUCGUCCUUGACAAACUGAGUAAUCAUUGAUAAAAGAACAAAUUCUAUUUUAAUGAUUUAACAAUACAUUUAUUUACAUUUAACUAUAAUUGUGCUGCGUGUAAGGCGGUUUCGUGAGGUUUCAGUCGCACGUUCCGUUGGUGCAUUAAGCGGUUUGUUCAUCACCGUAAGUUGCGCAAGUUUGCACAAAACAGUCCGACCGUCUCUGUAAGUAGUGCUACUUUCCAUUAAGCGGUCUGCCCAUUGCUGUAAGUUGUGCUACUUUGCACAAAACAGUCCGACCGUCUCUGUAAGUAGUGCUACUUUCCAUUAAGCGGUCUGCCCAUUGCUGUAAGUUGUGCUACUUUGCACAAAACAGUCCGACCGUCUCUGUAAGUAGUGCUACUUUCCAUUAAGCGGUCUGCCCAUUGCUGUAAGUUGUGCUACUUUGCACAAAACAGUCCGACCGUCUCUGUUAGUAGUGCUACUUUCAAUUAAGCGGUCUGACUAUCGCAGUAAGUAGUGCAAGCUUAUAUUAAGCAGUCUGACCAUCGCUGUAAGUAGUGCUACUUGACAUUAAGUGGUCUGACAAUCGCUGUAAGCAGUGCUACUUUGCAUUAAGCGGUCUGACUGUCGCUGUAAGUAGUGCAAGCUCAUAUUAAGCAGUCUGACCAUCGCUGUAAGUUGUGCUACUUUGCACAAAACAGUCCGACCGUCUCUGUAAGUAGUGCUACUUUCCAUUAAGCGGUCUGACCAUCGCUGUAAGUAGUGAUACUUUGCAUUGUGCUGUCUGACCUUCGAUGUAAGUAGUGCUACUUUGCAUUGUGCUGCCUGACCAUCGCUGUAAGUAGUGCUACUUUGCAUUUAGCGGUCUGACCAUCGCUGUAAGUAGUGCUACUUUGCAUUAAGCGGUCUGACCAUCGCUGUAAGUAGUGAUACUUUGCAUUGUGCUGUCUGACCUUCGAUGUAAGUAGUGCUACUUUGCAUUGUGCUGUCUGACCAUCGCUGUAAGUAGUGCAACUUUGCAUUAAGCGGUCUGACCAUCGCUGUUAGUAGUGAUACUUUGCAUUGUGCUGUCUGACCAUAGCUGUAAGUAGUGCUACUUUGCAUUAAGCGGUCUGACCAUCGCUGUAAGUAGUGAUACUUUGCAUUGUGCUGUCUGACCUUCGAUGUAAGUAGUGCUACUUUGCAUUGUGCUGUCUGACCAUCGCUGUAAGUAGUGCUACUUUGCAUUAAGCGGUCUGACCAUCGCUGUAAGUAGUGCUACUUUGCAUUAAGCGGUCUGACCAUCGCUGUAAGUAGUGCUACUUUGCAUUGUGCUGUCUGACCUUCGAUGUAAGUAGUGCUACUGCAUUAAGGGGACAGACCACCACUUUAAGUAGUGCUACUUGGGCAUAAUGACAGACUGGUUCUUCCUUGACAAAAUGAGUAAUCAUGGCCCAGUGAACAAUCGGGGUAUCAUCAUUACUUCAAGUUCUAUUUUAAUGAUGUAGCUUCACAAUACAAAUUUGUUCGUCAAUUUGUCAACUUUCAACUAGGUUAAUUUGUGUGUAAUUGUGCUCCGUGUAAGGCGAUUGUCUUUCGUGAGGUUUCAGUUGCACGUUCCGUUGGUGCAUUUAGCAGUUUGAUCGUCACUAUAAGUGGUGCAAGCUUGCAUAAAACAGUCUGACCAUGGCUGUGAGUAGUGCUACUUUGCAUUAAGCGGCAUGACCAUCGCUGUUAAUAGUGCAAGCUUACAUUAUGAGGUCUCACCGUCGCUGUCAGUUGUGCUACUUUUUGAUAAAGCAAUGUGACCAUAGCAGAAAGUAGUGCAAGCGUGUAUUUCCAUCGCUGUAAGUAGUGCUACUUUUCAUUAAGCAGUCUGACCAUCGCGGUAAGUAGUGCAACUUUUCAUUAAGCAGUCUGACCAUCGCUGUAAGUAGUGCUACUUUGCAUUAAGCUGUCUGACCAUCGCUGUAAGUAGUGUUACUUUGCAUUAAGCGGUCUGACCAUCGCUGUAAGCAGAGCUACUUUGCAUUAAGCGGUCUGACCAUCGCUGUAUGUAGUGCAACUUUGCAUGAAGCAGUCUGACCAUCGCUGUAAGUAGUGCAACUUUGCAGUAAGCGGUCUGACCAUCGCUGUAAGUAGUGCUACUUUGCAUUAAGCUGUCUGACCAUCGCUGUAAGUAGUGUUACUUUGCAUUAAGCAGUCUGACCAUCGCUGUAAGUAGUGCUACUUUGCAUUAAGCGGUCUGACCAUCGCUGUAUGUAGUGCAACUUUGCAUGAAGCAGUCUGACCAUCGCUGUAAGUAGUGCAACUUUGCAUUAAGCGGUCUGACCAUCGCUGUAAGUAGUGCUACUUUGCAUUUAGCUGACCAUCGCUGUAAGUAGUGCUACUUUGCAUUAACCAGUCUGACCAUCGCUGUAAGUAGUGCUACUUUGCAUUAAGCAGUCUGACCAUCGCUGUAAGUAGUGCUACUUUGCAUUAAGCAGUCUGACCAUCGCUGUAAGUAGUGCUACUUUGCAUAAAGCAGUCUGACCAUCGCUGUAAGUAGUGCAACUUUGCAUUAAGCGGUCUGACCAUCGCUGGAAGUUGUGAAAGAGACAAUAUCAUUUUAUAUAUGUGAGUUAUUGUGGGUAUCACUGAUAUGUUGUAGGUUCUUGGUUUAUAGACGGUAAUACAAUGAUUUCGUUCGUACUUUGAAGUAGCGUAUAAUGCAUGUGUUAUUUUGUACUGGAUUUUAUUGUAAUGUUCGAAUCCUUACUACUCUGUCAAUCACCUCUGUUUAGUUCAUGAAUAUGCCAGAUAUCCCAUGUCAAUGUCCUUGCACGUUGUUGAUGUAAUAGUGUUGUGUCUGGUAUUACCGUUACCGUUAUUGCUACGUAUCAUAAUCAAACAGCGUGCCGUAGAUACGCAUUUAUCGUUAAUGUGACCUUAUACUGGCUGCCCUUUUCCAAAACGAUCAGACAGCACAGGUUUUAAAAAAAGGAAAAGGAUCCACACGGCUAUGAAGACCCAGUCGAGUUAAGCUAAGUGUUAGAAAAGUUUUGUUCCAUUUCCAUUCAAAAUAUGUCAUCCAAAAAAUAUAAGCAGUAAUAUAUAUUAGUUACGAUUUGUUUCAUUAAUUUAACGCUUGUCUCGGUGGGAUUUAUCACUAUAAUGCAAGUCAUUGUUUCAUUCAGUGCAAAUAUGUGAUGCAUAUAAACAGUUCACAGUCACGAUAACUUCAUAUCUAAUACCUGUUGUAAGACCCUUUUUACAGGCAGCUUCUGUGUAAUUUGCUCACUUUUAGUGUUGGGCUAUUUGUAUAUAUGGCGUGUUGUAUUGCCAGCUUUUGUAGAAAUCGAUGCAUCAAGCUACAUCCCAUAGCUCAAACCACUUAAAUAUGUGCAUAACUUAGUUUAGAUUUGUCAGGAUUCAUAAUCUUCAAAAUUGAUUAUAUAUACAAAUUCGUGGUAAUUUGCACAUAAUCAUGAUUGAGUUUUAGUUUACGAAAAUAUCACAUCUUUCCUCGGAUCACUUCAUUUCUCCAACGGAUACAUUAUCUUUUUUAAAAACUGCCUUUUUAUGUAAACCAAUCCGAGAUCUUUUACAUUCAAAUCAUACAUAGUUUUCUCUUUUUGUGUUUCUAGUCACACUUUAUCCCAUUUGGCUAUAGUUUUGGUUCAGGUUUUACAUAGUAAGAUGUUAUCCUCUUGUACAUACAUCUGGGACCUUAAAUCUGAGUUGUUCUUUCGCAUUUUUGCAUUUCAUUACCUAGAUGAUACACUAUGUGAUACAAACCCGGUUAUUAUUGCUCACCGAACCAGUUGAUGUUCAUAUAAACCCUAGGCUAUAUGUUCGCAGCAGUCCUAUCGACACCAGUUGAACACACUGACACUGUUUAACCAUUUCUCACUAAUUUCCUGUCGUACUGAAUAGGAUCUGUACAAUGCAUUGCCCCUGAAGCAGACAUUAAAGCUUUCUAAAUGGGAUCGAGCGUUGAGACAAAUGUGCGCGCAAGGAUACUUAAGUGAAUAUCAACGCGGAGGAGGAAGGGAUUUAUAUAUUGAAAUAUGUUAACAUGUUCACUCAUACGCACAGUUUGCAAUAUAUCAAAUUGUACAUGAAGAAUGCAAUAUGGAGAGUAUAUAGUAUUUUCAAAGUAAGAAGCAGGGUAUCCCCUUCUGAAUUCGCUGACCAGUCGUGCCAGAAUCUGAUUAUCCAUGGUUUGAAUCCCAAAUUCACAAUGAUUCUUGUUCCAGGUUGGUCAGCUUCAAACACGCGCAAGUGGGUUUUUACCAAACUGGUAAACAUCAAUAUCAAUCUAUCACAUUUUUGUUUCCUCACUCAUUAGGCUUACACGCCGUGACACGGAAACCCUGUUCAAAUCUGCGUUAACCUCAACUUACUCAUUGUUAGUUUUCCUCCCACAUGUAUAUUCCCUUGUCAGUGGAAUGUUCUGCUUACAUAUACCAUCACUCACUGAAUACAUCCAUUUAUCGAUUCAAAUGCCGAACACAACGUACAGGUUCCUACGAGAAGUGCCUUUCAACGUGUCAAUAACGAACUGGUCCAGUUCUAUGAAAUAGAACCAUAACCAACUCCAUAAAACUCAAAUAACACUGUUAUCGCAGACAUGUGUCUUAGUGUGAAACGCUUUGCUGUUGUGUUUCUUUGAGAAUUAUAGCUUAUGGGCUAUUCAUACUUUUAAUUGUGACUUUGAAAUCAUUCAUUUGAUUGACACGUACAGCAAAUAUUGAAAAUAGUGUACAAGCGAAACAGAAAAUAACUAUCUAUCGUUCAUUAGCCAAGAUAUAUGUACGUCAAGCUUUAUCGAAUUGUUUUUUAUACUGUGUACAUUGUGGUUCAAUGUACAACACAUUCCCGGUUUUACAGAUACAACAUGUUAAUACAAGUGUAACUGGUCUCUCCACGACCAAAGGUUAUAAGUUGGGACCGACCAUUCAGUAUUGGUGUGAAGGGCUUCGGGGGGCUGGCAUCAUUAUUUGAGAGAGGAUUUGUUCACUCAGCACUUCAAGACUUACAAUGUUCUUCUCUGAAAGGAGGAACUAAACAAUGUAUUUUACAGGACAUCCAGAAUGUCUAGUGAACGUUAUUUUGGGUAAAUCAUGAGGACAGUUUAUUUUAGCCUAGGAAUCCCCCCCUCCCAACCCGAAUACAAAUGGUCGAUCGCUAACAGACAGAACAAAUAUUUUUAUUACAUGCCGAGUGCAAUGACAACUUGUGAUGUAUAAUUGUAUUGUUAAUUUUGCUACUCAUAAAUCGUUGUGAC